AUGAAACUAAUCAGCUUCAGUUUUUAUGCCCUUUAUUUAAUUUCAUUUCACCAAGUGACAGGUUUAUUUUUUACAAAUACCUUAAAUAAAAGUAGUACCAAUCUAUUAGAAGCUUAUGAAAGAGUAUUAGUUUUAACCUACAAGAAUGUACCAAAUUCCAAUAGGGACUUAUAUUAUUUGUUUGAUGAAUUUAAAGAACUUAAGAAAAAUUUAUUUGAGGCAAACCAAAAAUAUAAAUAUAAGCCACAUAUAAAAUUAGCAAUGUCAGUUUUAUAUGAUUUAAAAGCCAAACAAGUCAAAAGCAGCAAACUACAUACAGAUUAUAUUUCUAAACACAUUCAAUCAAUGAAAAGUGCCUUAAAUAAGUUGAUAUAUACAACACAUUGGAAUUUUGAUCCUACACAAUCAAAUUUUGAUAAUGUAUCAGAGGAUUCUAAAGAAAGGGCUAUAAAUCUUUUAGCGCAAUGGUUAGAAAAAAAGAUUGAACAAACGGAAUCUCCUCCUAUAGCUGAACAACCUACAGCUAAUCCUCCUACAGGCAAUCCUCCUACAGGCAAUCCUCCUACAACUAAUCCCCCAACUCGCAAUCCAUUUGGUAACAAUCCAAUCUUUGGGAAUCAAAAUCAAAACCCGAUUGACCGGGAAAACGCCUAA